AUGAAUUUCCUAGACCUAUUUAAGAAGCAAACAAGCCCAGCAGACGAUGCGCCAGAUCCAUAUGCCGAUGACAUUGUCUAUCCAGUUCAUAUCCUAGAUGAUACGAAAACUUUUCGUAGCAUCCUGAUCACAUGGACUCUAGUUUUCAACGACGUCCUGAACGCAGACAAGCUCCGAUCCUCGCUAGCCAACCUCUUAGAAACAGGAGAUUGGCGAAAACUGGGAGGCCGAUUACGACUCAAAGACGAUGGCAGACUAGAAAUUCAUGUCCCACCCACCUUCACUCCUUUGCGCCCUGCCUUCACUUACACCCACACUACUAUCGAAUCCUCCAUCCAACAACACGAACUAGCCAAGAAACUCCCUAUCAAGCCCACCGGAGCCAUCUCAACAUGCCCCGGGCCAACAGACUUCAACGACCUCGCGACUUCACCCUCUGCACCCAUGACCAUCGAGGACCUGCUUGCUGGAGACACACCACAGAUAUCAGUACAUAUCACAUCCUUCACCGACGCUACGCUCGUAGGUUUAUCAUGGCCGCACACGCUCAUGGAUGUCAUGGGCCAGGCAGCUUUUCUCUCAGCAUGGUCGAGCGUAUUAGCCGGUCGAGCGACCGAAGUACCGCCUGUGCUUGGUGCGCAGGAAGACGUAUUACUAGCGUUGACCGACGACGCUACCAGCGCACCACAGGAAGAAUACGUGCUAAAGUCCAAGCAGUUAAAGGGUCUCGCUUUUGUCAAGUUUGGAGCCAGGUUCGCGUGGGAUAUGUUGACGGGGGCGAAACCCUUGACGCAAACAAUACAUAUACCCAAGAGCGUUGUGACGACGUUGAGAGCAAGAGCAGAGGCUGAUCUGACUAACUUCCACAUCAGAGCCACCACCACAGCAGAGCAAGGAGAGAACAAGAUGCCUUUUAUCAGCGACGGCGAUAUCCUCACUGCAUUCACCUUACACUGUAUCGCCUCCUCACUCCCCGCCCCGCGCCCCUUGACCGCCCUCCACGCCAUGAACGCCCGAUUCCGCCUCCCAUCCCUAAUCAACGCGAAAGGUGUACAUGUCUCCAAUAUGCUAGUCCCCGGCUUCACUUUUCUAGACCCCGCCAUGUCUACCGGCCCACUCGGUCCCAUGGCCCUGCAUAACAGACAAAAGCUUCUAGAACAGGCCACAGAAGCCCAAGUCCUGGCCAGUCUGCGUGAACAGAGAGUGAGUGGGGAUCCGAGUACGCUGCUUUAUAGCGAUGCGGACGCGUUGUUGGUGCCGUUUACGGAUUGGACAAAGGCCAAGUUUUUUACUUCUGCUAUUGACUUUUCUCCCGCUGUGGUACGAGCGGGUGGUGGUGAUGGUGAUGGUGGUACGGAGGGAAGGUGCAAUCCACCUGGCACACCAGUGUUUCAUCAUGCGUCGAGCAGGAGACCGAAUCCUACGGCGAGGUUGCUGGUGCAUAUACUGGGGAGGGAUUAUGGUGGGGGUUAUUGGCUUACUUUGACUAUGAGUCCGGCGGCUUGGGAGAAGGUUGAGGAGGAGUUGAAGGAGUUGAGUUGA